CGAAAAACCAGAAGGUGCCUGCUGGCAGAAAAGCCUCGAAGAAAAAAGAAGGUGCCGAUGCCGGCUCUAAACAGGUGCGGAAAAAUACGUUUACGCGCACGCUUCGCCCCUCCGACGAUAACGCUCAAGCUGCAGAGCGCAGCGAAGACGAGAAGGUUUUGAGCACCGCGGCAAGCCGGUCGAGGCAGAAAUCGGGCGCCAUAGGCGGUGCUGUCGUCGAGGGUGGCAAGGAAAUAGUGCCUGAUGAUGUUCAUCGACGAGAUGAGGAAGACGGCAAUGUCGUGAGGCUGUCAUCCAGCGAGGAUCGCGUGUCAACAGAGAAGCUGAAAAAGGAGGGCAACCUGUUACCGAAAGACAAGCCGCACGAAAAAAGUUCUGCCGAUGUGGAAGCAAACAUGGAAAACAGAAAAACGGGAAGGCAAGAUGCCGAUCCAGGCGACGAAGCUCAGGGCUCCCCAUUUGUGUCUGAAGGCGACAACGAGAGGCAGAAACUUGAGAAGAACUCCGACAAGCAACACGAACAGCAGGACGGGGAUUUGAAGUUACAAGAAGUUGCCCCUCAGGAAAUGGGACCGCUCGUGCGAUGGCGUGUUCUUGCCCCGGCUUCGGCCUGGAAGUUCCCGGAGCGAGUGGCGCAGACCGGUGAAGACGAGACAAAGCAAAAGGAAAACAUGCAGCCGGCACAGCUCGUCUUGUGUAUGGAGACCAGCAGGGGGUACGAUUCGCAUCACAUCAUCCUGGAAGAGAAGGACAGAAUCGUCGACGAACAUGGUGAC